GUAUAUCCUCCUGUGACCAGAGCACAGUACACAGCUCUUCUAUCCCUAUGCCUCAGUCACAAAAGGCAGAGUGACCUGCAUGGCCAAAGCCCGGCCAGAAGGCCCGAUCAUGCAGGCCUUGAACGCCCGGUCUCGGAUUUGGGGAAACUUGUGUCGCCACCCAAGGGAUCUUGGGGCGUGCAAGCCCGGCGCUCCCCCCCCCCCUGCCGCUGGCUACUGCUAGAAAUGUGGCUUGUCUUUCCUUAUUCCUUACGGGGGUCGCCAGUCAGGGAGAGCAAACGUGGACUCCCUAGAGGGAACGCUCGCGUGGAGCUGGUGCCCUGCCCACCCUCUCGUGGUGCGAGGAAACUGGGGCCGGGAGGCGGCGAUUUAAAGGUUAAUCGUGGUGCUCGGCUCCUCUUCCACCCGCACAGCUCGUCCUGGACCCCAGCCCCCCCCCCACGCCUCGCAUCGCGCGUUCCCCGACGAGGCGCGCGGCGCUCACUCAGGUCAACCCGAGUCUAUGUCCGAAAUGUUUCCUGAACUCGCAUCUUGUCCCAACCCUGGUGCGAUCGCCGCGGGGACAGCGGAAGCCCCAGUCGGAAAGGCGUCUGCACCUUGUGGCCUGGGCGAGGGAUCAGUGCCCUGUGCGCCCAGGCAGGUGUAAGGCUGAAAUGUCGGCGGAGGACUCGGGGGACCAGAGGAUGUGGGCUUUUCCCCGCGACAUCCACUCAUCCGGCGCAGCUACUGUGAGCGCCCACCGUGUCGCUGCCCUUGCAGAGCUCGGGUCCACCUGGGGAAAACACCUUACAACGUGAGCGAGGGUUCAGACAGUGGCUGAGAAUCUGAAGACAAGAAAUAUGGCGCAGUGGUGCUGGGAUUAGGAGGGAAAGGAGAAAGGCCUGGGAGGGAGAUGGCAGGCGAUCGGUUUCGGAGCCGAGCCGCACCCUCAAGCGCGAGAGGACAGCCCAACAACCGGCUGGAGCCCUCGCCCAACGCCGGGCACCAGCGGGUUAAGCUCCGCAGGCCAGGAAGUAGUCCCGGCUGUGCACCCGGCCCCGCCCCGGCAGGGCGGAGGGACGCAUCACGCAGGGGUGGGGAAGCCGGAUCCAUGCGCAGGGUUGCUAAGGGUGAAACUUUUCAUUGACUUUGCUCACUUCGAGCCGGGGCGCGGGAAGGUGUGGGUCGCUCGCGGAAACCAGCCAGUGCCUCGGACGACGCGGGGGCGAGAAGAGCAGCACCGGUCGCCGGCCACAAACCGGACCACCCUCCUCCCCGCGACGCGAGCCACCCCGCGGUCCACCAUCCCCACGCCGCCUGCCCGGCCGGCCGCCCGCCCUCCGUCCCCCGCCGCGAAGCCGACGUCCGAAAGAAAGAGCGGAAAGGAGAACAUUGAGGGUCAUAACCCAUCAUUCCCUUCUCGGCCCCAAACCUCUAGGAAAAAAAGAGCACAGCUGUCCCCGGCCUCUCGGUGCCCAGGAAAACAGGGAAAGCGACCCCCGGCCCGCGCUCAAGACCACCGUGGCAGGAGAAGCGGCCCCGUCGGGGCGGAGACUCGAGACCGUUUGGAACCCAAGGCUGCCCACCGUGUGUCUCCUGCCCCUAUCUCUGGCCUGUGUACCUGCCCGGCACUGACUCUGCCCCCGAAAGGACCAUGCAGCUGGAGAUCAAAGUGGCCCUGAACUUCAUUAUCUCCUACUUAUACAACAAGCUGCCCCGGCGGCGUGCGGAUCUGUUUGGUGAGGAGCUAGAACGGCUGUUGAAGAAGAAAUAUGAAGGCCACUGGUACCCUGACAAGCCGCUAAAGGGCUCUGGCUUCCGCUGCGUCCACAUCGGGGAGACAGUGGACCCCGUGGUGGAGCUGGCCGCCAGGCGGAGUGGCCUUGCAGUGGAAGACGUGCGGGCCAAUGUGCCCGAGGAGCUGAGUGUGUGGAUCGACCCUUUUGAGGUGUCCUACCAGAUUGGUGAGAAGGGGACAGUGAAAGUGCUGUACCUGGAUGACAGCGAGGCUGGUGGCGCCCCAGAGCUAGACAAGGAGAUCAAAAGCAGCUUCAACCCUGACGCCCAGGUGUUUGUGCCCAUCGGCAGCCAGGACAGUUCCCUGUCCAACUCCCCAUCGCCAUCCUUCGGCCAGUCACCCAGCCCGACGUUCAUCCCCCGCUCUGCACAGCCCAUCACCUUCACCACUGCCUCCUUUGCUGCCACCAAAUUCGGCUCCACCAAGAUGAAGAAGGGCGGCGGGGCCUCCAGUGGGGGCACCGUGGGCAGCAGCGGGCCAGGUGGCCAGCAGCCACCUCCACAACCCCCGCGCCUGACCCGUUCCCCCACCAGCAACCUGCUGAAGCACAAAGGCCUGUCGCUGUCCAUGCACUCACUGAACUUCGUCCCCGCCAGCCCAGCACCACAGUCCCAGCUCUCACCCAAUGCCAAGGAGUUCGUGUACAAUGGCGGCGGCUCGCCCAGCCUCUUCUUUGAUGGAGCCGAGGGCCAGGGCGGGGGACCUGGCUCCUGUAACAGCAGCAGCUUUGACGUGGCGCAGGUGUUCGGAGGUGGCACCAACAGCCUCUUCCUGGAGAAGACACCUUUUGUGGAGGGCCUCAGCUACAACCUGAACACCAUGCAGUACCCCAGCCAGCCGUUCCAGCCCGUGGUGCUGGCCAACUGACCACGCGGGGCCAGAGCUCCCUAGACCACCGGCAGGAGAGAGGGAAGGAGAGGCCGGUGGGGAAGGGGAAGGUACACAGGAAGACCGCUUGUCUUUUCACUCUCACACCCGCAAAAAAGGAUCCAGCACAGGCGGCGUGGGCCGCUCCCAGAGCACCGAGUCUUUGAACUCACCCCCCGACUGUCUUCCUGCCUGCCUGCCUGCCUCUGGUUUAUUUGGUUGGUUUGGGUUUUGUAGUUCUUUUUUUUUUUUUUUCCAUGUAGUUUUCUAUAGAGCAUCUUUAAUUAGUGGCUUCUUGUGCUAAGAAUGGUCCAGAUGUGAAUUGCUGCUCCCUGCUCACUCCCUUUCCCUCCCUCCCUCACACUCCUUCAAGGGUUGUGUGUUCAGGCUCACAGGGAAGGAAGCGCUACAGCUGGUGCCGGAUUCUCCUGGAGUUAUUGGGAGAGGCUGGCCCCCGUCACUGCCUGUCUCCCAGUUAGCUUCUCAAAGCCAUCCAACCUCAGCAGGUCUCUUUGGGCCCUGCCCCCCCCCCCCAAAUAGCUCUGACCCCAGCCCCCAUUCCUUCUCAGGCUGGACCACCUGACAUCCUACCCCUAGAGCUGUGACUGACUGCAGGGAGGUUAGCACUGUGUUUAGUUGAGAUGCUUUCAUCUCCUGUGUCCCUGUCCUGCCAUCCCCUCCUGCCCUAGACUGUCGUCAUGCCCCAGGAGACCCAGCCACUGAUACAAGUGGCCUCUCUCUCACUAAUGCAGCCCUGUCUUCUCUGGGCCUGAGAUUGUGGACAGGGAGGUGGGGUGAGUGUGUGCAUACUUUGUGUGUGUCUGCGUAUAUGUGUGUGUUUGCAUGGUUUGCUAUCCUGUUCUAAAGGAUUCAAGCCAUGUGCCACUUCCGGUGUGCCGCCAGGGUAUGAUUCCAGGUUGCAGCAAGUGCUUAUUUAUGUUCCAGGUUGGGCUGGGCCAGGUGUGGCUGAGCAGUCCUUUUCAUAGGGCAGGACCUGUGGCAGGUGACACUGCUGAGGACACUCCCCAGGGAAAGCACUGCUGGAGGAACUGGUUUCCUGACUGCUAGGGGCUCUGCACUUUUGUUUUUGACCAAAAAAAAAAAAAAAAGUUCUGAAGGGCAAAGGAUAUAGCUAAGCCUCUGGCACCUAGAAGUCCCUAAAUUUCCCAGCCCUGUCGCAUGGCCCUAGUGGGGGCACAAACCCCUCAACUGAUCCCCUGCAGAGAUGGGGCUGCAGUUAGUGCCACAGUGGGCAUCUUGGACCUAGAGUGGCGGUGUUCUGGUCUCUGGUCAUAGAUGUCCUUUGAGUGCAUGUACGCCCUGCCCACAAGCUUCUUGUACCUCUCGCCCUUACCCAAGCUGCGCUGCUGCUACCCUGAGGCAAGGCCUCCCUGAUAGGCUGGGCAGGACAGCCGUAGUACUCUGAGCCUUGGGCUGCAGGACGGUGCUUGCCUGGUGCCUCUGCAGAAGCAGGGCUUUCUCAUCCAGGGCAGCUUAUUUGUUCCAUGAUGCUUCGGCAGGUGGGAUGCUUGGUGUCAGGGCACCAUCUCCAGAAAGCACCCAAGCCCUGGCACCCCACCCUGUACCACCUCGGGGACCUCAAGCAGGCGGCAGUGGGUCCAACCCAGCAGACACUGCCCACCUCCUCUCCCUGCACUAGACACUGGCUCUACCUCCCCCAGGGGGGCAAGGCCCUGGAUUCUCAGCCCAGCACCAUCUGCUCCCUGGCACCAGGUGCCCAGUCCAGCCACCCUCACCCUCUUCCUCAGCUCCCACCAAGGUAACAGGCCCAGGCGGACCACCCCUCUCUGAGAUGGGAUCUGCCUUGGCUGCCGUGCUCCAUAGCACAUCAGAGCUGGGGAGCCAGCCCCGUGGGGUUUUGGGAAAUCCACAGAGAGAUGUGUGUUGAGGAACAUGGCUCUGGCCUGGGCUUCAGGCCCAGCUCAGUCUCGUCUCAAAUCCAGGCAUUUUUGCUUCAAUUUUAUUUUUUUUAAGAAAACAAAAACCUGCACUAAUUUACCUGGUUUCGUAGGAAAACUUUUUUUUUAUUUUUUACAUUUUUUGGUGUCUGUUUGUAUUGAAUAAUUUGCUACAUUUGUAAAAUGUAAGAGGUAUAUAUAAUAUAUGUAUAUUUCUAACGUAAGAAACGUAAUUUUUUUCUUUUCAAGAGUUUUCUUAGGAGAGAA